GGAUUUUCCGGCGGUGCCCCUCCACAGAAGGUGGCUGGUUACCAUGGCACCCGGGUGCCCUUCUGUUCUAGAUGCCAGAUUAGAUCUGUUCUCAUGGUGACUGUGCCUUGCUGUUCCUCACCAGCACACGUUUAACGAGCUCAGACACCGUGUUCCUUCUCCACUCAAGGAGGAGACUCCUUAAGAUCCAAGACAAGCCAACUGCUCCUUACCACAGCGUGGAGUCUGCAUUUCCUGCACUACCAGCCUCUCUGUUUUCCUUCCAGCUACGGGAACGGGGCAGGAAGAGGCUGUUCCUGCUGCGUGGCUUGCUGCUGAUCCCGUGGCUCAAGUCCAGCACCUGCCUGUGAGGAGUCAGCAGGUCCCUUCUCCUCACUGCCUUCCCUCAGCAUGGACACCUGGCGCAGAGGGUCUAUCAAGUCCACCACGUUCUUCAGACGUUUCUCCCUCAGGAGGCACAAAAAGCUGGGCAACCAAGUCAUCAUCCUGAACCAGAACAGCCACACUCUGGACACUGACGGCCAGAAGAGGGAAGGCUUGAGGGAUCUGAAGGACAAGUCUGAUUACCUGUCGUGCCAGAGCGAGCAGAACCUGGCCAAGGCACAAGCCCCUCCCAAGCCUCCCCGGCUGUACCUGGACAGUUCCAGCUGCCCCAACAUCAUCGACCACACCGACUCCCACUCCGACAUCUCCUUUUCCGACGCUGCUCAGUACCACAAAGGCACUCAAACGCACAAGGACCAGGCUACAGACCACGGGACCUCAGAGGCAGGUUCCCAGAACGGCACCACUCUUCCCGACCUGGCUGACCCCUUCCUGUCCUUCAAAGUGGAUUUGGGGCUAUCGCUCCUUGAGGAUGUCCUGCAGACCCUCAGGAAACAGAACCCAAGAGAUUAUGCCAUCUGAAGGUAUUUAUCAUUCACCACAUCCCAUUUACCCGAUGCUGCUGCCGGUUCCUCUGAUCCCAGCGGGAGGAAGGAUGCUGGAGCAUGCCUGUCGUGUGUGGUCUGUUUUGUUGUCCUCACCUCACCCACCACAGACCAUCCCUGUCCUUGCCAAGGAAUCCUCUGGAGCAGAGCUCAGGUGAGAGCACUGUUUCCACUCUUCACCCUGGGAAUCUCCCACUCCGGACUGUGCGUCUCCUCCUCAGGGAAGAAUGGCAUUGUUUGGGAAAGACUUGUUAUUUUGGGGAUGUGGCUGUGACACUGCGGGGCAGGGACACAGAGGGACUUGGCAUGGAUCCCUUGUGGGAUAGCAGGCAGCCUGCAAGGAGACAGCAGCACUGCACCUCAAAGCCACAGGUGUGGCAAGGGCCGAGAGACAGGAACUGGGGGUUCUUCUCCCACCGUGUCUGGAUGUGAAAAAUCAAAGCUGUUCCUCCUUUUCUUUUUUUUUUCUUCCUCCUUGUGGGUUUCUUUUCCCCCAGCUCCAGUGCAGUUGGCACUCCCAGCCUGGAAACAGGUAAGCAUCCACUCAUGCUCGUGAUAGAGCACCAGCAGUGGGUUUAUCCUCCUGGCAGGAGAGGAGAUGUCUCCACACGCUGCUGCCUCACGCAUGCACUGACAGCUGUACAGACAUGGAAGAAUAAAUGUAUUUGUGACUGGAA